AUGUUGCAUUGGGUUCCCAUGUUGAAUCCAACCUUAGAGCUUAACAUCAACUCAGCAAGUGACCUUGAAAAUGUCAACCACAUCACAAAGAUGGACGUUUACGCAGUUAUAACCCUUUUGGGCGACAAAAGUGAAAAGAAAGUCAAAACCCCCGUCGAUUGCUACGGUGGAUCCAACCCUAAUUGGAAUCACGCCGUCAAGUUUUCCGUCGAUGAGAAAUUAGCCCGUGAAGGUCGUUUGACGAUAAAAUUGUUCUCCAGUCGACGUCUAGGCGAUAAACAUAUUGGUGAGGUCGAGGUUCCGUCAGUCUACCUCUUGCCGUCAACUUACGGUAACGGUAAUGGCCAUGGCAUGGAUCAGGUGAGAACUCCGUCGGGGAGAUCCGGAGAAUGA